CUACAAACAUCCAGUCCGUUCGCAAACUCAAUUAAACGAAGGAUAUUCGAAAGUAUGACUCCAGAAGAGACCGCCAACCUCGAAGCCGCAAAGCAAUGGUUGAAGCUCUGGAAUGAAGCGGCGGAUGAUAUGGUCGAUAAGUGCUAUGCAGAGGACUGCAUGGUGGAGGCUAUGCUCUCCGGUCAUCUUCUGAAAGGACGGGAGGAACUCAGAGCCUUGGAGCAUCAAAUGAUGGCAGCGACUCCAGAUCGCAAGAUGGAGAUCAAUCGGUACAUUGUUAAAGGGGACAUCGUCGUCGUGGAAUGUACGGUUGUUGGACUAGCUCCUGUACCUGUAAAGUCUUGCGCGAUUCUCACAUUCAAGGAUGGUUUGAUUAUCAAUGAUCAUAGUUAUGGGGCCCCGCCCUCGGGGGAAUAAGGCAUGGUAUGGAAGAUGGC